GGAUCCCAGAAGACAGAAUCGAAUGUUCCUCUUUCCUAUCUCUCUCGAAAUUUCAUCUGCGUGAAAUUCUUUCUUCAUUCGGUUGCGUAAAACCCUAACAAAGGAAGAAGCCAUGUUCCUAGUCGAUUGGUUCUAUGGAGUUCUCGCGUCGCUCGGACUGUGGCAGAAGGAGGCGAAGAUCCUGUUCCUUGGUCUCGACAACGCCGGAAAAACCACCUUGCUCCACAUGCUCAAGGACGAGAGACUGGUCCAGCAUCAGCCGACCCAGUAUCCGACGUCGGAGGAGCUUAGUAUCGGGAAAAUCAAGUUCAAGGCGUUUGAUUUGGGAGGUCAUCAGAUAGCACGCAGAGUCUGGAAAGACUACUAUGCUAAGGUGGACGCAGUGGUAUACCUGGUGGAUGCAUUUGACAAAGAGAGGUUUGCAGAAUCGAAAAGGGAACUGGAUGCCCUUCUGUCGGAUGAAGCCCUAGCAAACGUCCCCUUCCUUAUACUGGGAAACAAGAUUGACAUCCCAUAUGCUGCAUCUGAAGACGAGCUUCGUUACCAUCUCGGCCUCUCCAACUUCACCACCGGAAAGGGCAAAGUGAAUCUGGCUGGCACAAACGUCCGUCCCCUUGAGGUGUUCAUGUGCAGCAUCGUCCGGAAGAUGGGCUAUGGCGAUGGGUUCAAGUGGGUUUCUCAGUACAUAAACUAAGUGGUUGAUGACGGUCCUGUCAGAAGUAUCACCCGUAUGCGAAUGUUUGCCCUUUUGUUAGGGUUACUGUCUUACUGCUGUAUUAAAAAAAACGUGUGAAUGGUGUGGAGUGGAUACAGUUUUCAUGUAAAUAGGGUUUCAGAUUUGUGAAUCGGUAUUGUUACUAGUGCCACGUUCAUACGGCGCAACAGUUUAAUCGCAUAGCAUGGUUCAGAGA